AGAGUUCAUCUUUCCACUUUUUUUGACUAUUUGAGAUCUAAUCCAAGCAGUUGUUCCAAGGCCAAGAACAUGGCACAUAGUACCAAGAUGGACAUCAAAUGGAGUGGGAACACAAUGGAAGGAAGUGAAGUUCUGAAAACAAUGGAGUGCCUGAGAAGAAGAUUACUGGCAGAGAGGCAAGCAUCAUUACUUGCCAAAGAGGAGGCAGAGCUCAUGGGCAAAAGGUCAACAGAGUUAGAGAAGCAAAUCACAGAGCAGAAUCAAAUGAGAACAAAAGCAGAAAAGAAGCUUCAAUUACUGAAGAAAAAGCUCGAAUCACUUAACCUUUCUUUCACGAUGUUGAACUCAGAACCGUCAAUUUCGUCGGAAAUUUGCGAUGACGAUGAACCGAAAACCCUAACCACAGCAACGUCUCUCCCAAGCAAUUCGCAGACCAUCGGUGAAAUUUCUCAUUCAGACGAAGAGAAUCCAAAUGCUCGAGGCUCUACCAGCUCGAGUUCCUCAGGUUCAGAAAUUUGCUCCAACGAAUCUUCGAAAGAAAAGAUCGAAAAUAGUGGAGAUGAAUUCAAUUCCGUUAACGAUUCACUCGCACUUGUGGCCGUGAACUCUCCGGAAGAAGCAGAAACCGGCGAGAUGAAGCUGGUGAUCAGUGAACGGGUGAUUGAAGUUCUUAAUGAUCUGAAGCAGGCCAGAGAGAGAAUUCAACGCUCAAUGAAGAUCUGUGAACUCAACAUGAUGAAAGUUAGCCCAGUUUGAACUGAGAGAUAGAGAGAGAGAGAUUUUGGAUUUGUAGAUGGGCCUCAUAGCAAAGCCCAUCAGGUCCAACCCACAUAACAAUGACAAAAUGGAUAUCAUUACUCGUUUCCGCAGUAAAUUUUCUUUUUUACUUUUUUUUUUUUUUUACUCUCAAUUUUCAAUUUACCUUCUUUUACCUCACUUUUUACCUAUGACUAGAUUCUGGACAUACUUCAACAUUGAAUUAUUAUUUGUUGGAUACAAAAUCCAAACUAUUAAAUACAAAAUUAAAAAAAAAAUUUGUUUUAUUUUCUAUCAACCAUUUUGUUUCAAUUUUAACCAGGCACGUUAGCAUGACAUAUUCUCCUGUUUGAAUUGGGGUUUGAAACCAAACUUCUCCUUAAGAGGAUAGAUGGGUCGAUUCUCCUGUUUGAAUCGGGGUUUGAAACCAAACUUCUCCUUAAGAGGAUAGAUGGGUCGAUUCAGGUGAGAUCCAAUGUAGAUCCAACUUUCUAUUCACUCGUGGGAUCUGGGCGGUCUGGGGGGAGACCACCUCGGCUCCUCUCUUCUCGAGAAUCCAUACAUUCCUUAUCAGUAUAUGGACAGCUAUCUCUCGAGCACAGGUUUAGGUUCGACCUCAAUGGAAAAAUAAAACGGAGCACCUAACAACGUAUCUUCACAGACCAAGAACUACGAGAUCGCCCCUUUCAUUCUGGGGUGACGGAGGGAUCGUACCAUUCGAGCCUUUUUUUUCAUGCUUUUCCCGGAGGUCUGGAGAAAGCUCCAAUCAAUAGGAUUUUCUUAAUCCUCCCUUCCC